AUGGCUACUCCCUGGAGAAGCGCAGUGCUGCUACUGCUGCUGCUGGCCUCGCAGGCCAUGGCCCAGGCUGGCCGCCUGAAGGAAGAUGCCAAGGUUCCCGCUGAGUGGCUGUUGUUGUACAUCAUCAAGGGCCGUGUAGAGGCUGGGAGCUACAACUACCACAAGCUGAACCGCGAGGGCAGGAUUGUCCUCCACAUGAGGAGCCUGAAAGGAGACGCAGACCUCUACGUGUCCGACAGCACCCUCCACCCAACCUUUGAGGACUACAAGCUUCAAUCGGUCACUUAUGGCCAGGAUGGCUUGUGGAUCCCGGCCAGCUUCCGACGCCCCGUGGGGAUCGGCAUCUACGGACACCCAUCCCAUCAGGAGAGCGAGUUUGAGAUGAAGGUGUAUUACAUCAGGACCUCGGAGCAGCGCUCGUCUGGCGAGGUCGCGUUUGUGGCAGAGAGCACGAAGCCUGGCCAGAAGCAGGGAGACGAGUCUAAGGAUGCGUCUAUGGAGGACGAGUUCCUGUUUUGGAUCCUCCUGAUCAGCAUUUUGAAAAUGGUCCUGCUGCUUCUAUACUGA